CCUGACUGUUCGUUCCCCGGAGGCUUUGUUUCCGACCGUUCUUGUAUCGAUUCCAUUCGUUUCGUUUGCAAUCACUACAGCCCAAGACGCGCAAGGGGAGAAGAAGCAAAACAGCUUUCCAGAUCUUUCCAAAGACAACAACCCAGCCACAACCGCAACCCCCAAACAUAAAAUAAAACAAAACAGCAACAGCAACAGCGAGCAUGAGUUCCUACGUGGAUGCCACCAGCGGCUCGCUGGAGUACUGCCGCGGGAUGGCCGCACGGUUUCCGGACCUGGCCGAGGCGUACUACAACAAGAUCGAGUCCUUUUGCCAGCAGAAACUCUGGCACCAGCUGACCGUCCUGAUCCUGGAGUUUUGCUCGGAGGACGAAAAACCGAAAACGCUGCGGCCGGUGCCCGGAGGCGCCGACACCUUCCGGGGCCUCUACACGGAGGUGGUCUCGGUGGUGGCCAAGAAGAUCAACCAGCUCUCCCUGGCCCGGAUCGCCUCGGCGGUCGCCUUUAGCGGGAUGGAGACGGGGUCCUCCUCCCUGGAAGAGUCCAGGGCCGUCCUGGAGGACCUCCUGGACAAGCUCAACGGGAGCGGCUCCGCCACAAACACCGCCCCCGUCCUCUACCUGCAGUCCAGGAUCGGCCUCCUGGUCCUCCAGGCCGGAACGGAGAGCGAGGGGAGCGCCGGGGACGGCGAAGCGAGGAAGGAAACCCUCGACCAGAUCUACACGGUCAUCAAGGCGAACGGGCCCCUACUCAAGCAGCUCGUCUCGGACACGCCGGAGGCCAUCGUGGUCAACUCGGCCCACUACGAAACGUCCAUGACCUACUACAAAAUCGUCGGCCCGCCGGAGGCCUUUUACAACGAGGCCGUCGACUACCUCAACUACUACCAGCCAAAGGAGGGCGCCGCGGCGGCGACGGACACCAAGUCGCAGGCCCUGGCCGUGGACCUCUGUCUGGCGGCCCUCACCGGCGAGGGGGUCUACAACCUCGGACAGGUGGUCAGCAACCCCAUCCUGGGGGUCCUGGAAACGACCCCGCAGGCCUGGCUGGUGGACCUCCUCCGGGCCUGCGCCCGGGGAAGCGUCCGGGACUUCCAGAGGCUCUGCACGGAAACCUACCCGGCCCAGAUCGCCUCGCAGCCCGCCCUCGUCAACAUGGGACAGCAGAUGCGGGAGAAGAUCACCCUCCUGGGACUCGUCGAGCUGGUCUUUGCCAAGCCGGCGACGGAGCGGAACCUCGCCUUUGCCGAGAUCGCCUCCGGCCUGGACGUUCCCCUCGACCAGGUCGAGUGGGUCGUCAUGAGGGCCUUUUCCGUGGGACUCAUGGAGGGAAGCAUGGACCAGGUGGAGGGGAGCGUCCACGUCACGUGGAUCCUGCCGAGGGCCCUGGACGGGGACCAGAUGACCGACCUGGCCGGGAAGUUUGCCACCUGGGCGGCCAAGGUCACCAGCACCAAGGAGAUCAUGGAGGAGACGGACAUUUGCCCGCAGUAGGAACCAACCAAAAACAACCCACACGAACCAGUGGGGGGAGGAGAGAAGAAGCGGCGCAAUACGACGCGACGCGACGCCCGUUUGGUGUUCCGCACGGAACGCCACGACGAAACAAAACACCAGGACAAAAAGUAAAAAUAUUGCAUUUUG